AUGGCCUCGUCGAACUUUGACCGCUCCCGAAUCACCGCGCUGUUGGGCAACAUCAACGACAUGCACAUUCCUGAAGCGGCAAAUCAGCUGACAUGGGUGACCAUCGACUACCUCCAAUAUCUCAAAUCGGAGCCUGAAAGUGUUGAACCAUGGGACACAGCUAGGCACCAGGCCGAACUGGAAGCGGCGGACCGAUUUGUGCAGCUGGUGACGGAGCCGACAAGCUGGGGAAUUGUGCGGUUUCUGGCCCCUGAGCUCGAAGUGGAAGACAUUGCGGAAGAGACUCCCGAGUUGCUGACUCACGUCCUCAUGAACAUCAAGUCGAAGUGCCCGAAGGAGCCAGUCAUCGAAGAAAGACAAGACACCAUCGCGGCGUUGGAGAGGGGGCUUCAAGCAGAUGUACUCGAAGAGCGCAUCCGCCUUGUAGGAGCGGCUGGGGAAGAUGAUAGGAACAGUACGCGUACAAACACCAUGGUGCAGACUCUGCUACAGGUUCAAGCACGUCAGCGGCAGGAAAAGGAGACAGACAAGCAACAGCCGACUUCGCGUGCAAAGUGA